AUGAGUUCCAAUGCGACCAGCUAUAAGCAGAUGAAAGAGGACUUCGUGUCCGGCCUAUCAGGUGGCUCAGUCUCUGAAAUAAACUAUGUAACUGCGAUAGGACCUAUCGCCUUUGUCCUAUGGUCCAUUCUACAAUCUCGCCAGUCUUUCUUCAAGCCGUACAAGCCCCUGAGCUUUGUAAUCGAUUUCCUCCUAAACGUAGUGGCUAUUCUACUUGCGAUAACACUCUACGCGGACAAGCCAUUGCUUCUCUCCGGCCUAAUCCUCGUCCCCGCCAUAUUCGUCUACGCCCUGCCCUCGAACCCUGCCGUGUCGAGAAAGAAGCCUAAACUCCCUCCCAAUGCGCAAGCUCAGAAGUCGCCGGGCGCAUUGAGCGUCCUGUCUACCAAGCCGUUCCUUACGACCUACCGUGGAGUUAUGAUGAUUACUACCUGCUUAGCGAUUUUAGCAGUAGAUUUCAGGAUAUUCCCCCGAAGGUUCGCAAAGGUUGAGACGUGGGGCACCUCGUUGAUGGACGUGGGCGUAGGCUCCUUUGUCUUCUCGGCGGGUGUCGUUGCCGCGCGUCCGGUUCUUAAGGAGAGAGCAGAGGGUAGGACGACACCGGUGCUCCAGAGGCUACUAUACGCGAUGAGGCAUUCAUUGCCUUUACUAGUUCUCGGCGUCAUUCGCCUUAUAAGCGUCAAAGGUCUCGACUAUGCCGAGCACGUAACCGAGUACGGCGUGCACUGGAAUUUCUUCUUCACCUUAGGCUUUCUUCCUCCGUUCGUCGCGCUUUUUCAGUCGGCGUUAAAGAUAAUUCCGUCCUAUGCGGCCCUUGCUAUUCUACUAGGUGUUAUUUAUCAGGCUGUGCUAGAGACCACAAGUCUGAAAGCAUUUAUCCUUAUCGCACCACGGACGGAUAUCAUCUCUAUGAAUAAAGAAGGUAUAUGUAGCUUCUUUGGAUACCUUGCUAUCUUCUUAGCAGGCCAGGAUACCGGUAUGUACGUACUGCCCAGGAGUAUCAACCCGCGCAGCGGAACCAGUAGCAGCACCCAGCGGACUACUCUGGUCCUAACUAUGACCGUGUGGACAUCUAUCUGGGCCCUUCUUUACUUCUUUACGACGAACUACAGUUAUGGCGCAGGGUUAGAUGUGUCUCGGCGAUUGGCUAACUUGCCUUAUGUCCUAUGGAUUGCUGCAUUUAACUCGUCCCAGUUACUAGCCUGUUGCGUUAUAGAGAGCGUAUUCUUUCCGUCGUUCUAUAAUGCUACGGACACGAAGACAGAACAGGAGGCAUACGAGACAGCUACGAGUAGGGUGUUACGAGCAUUUAAUAGGAAUGGGCUAGCAAUCUUCUUGGUCGCAAAUCUACUCACAGGACUAGUAAACAUGACGGUACCUACUUUGGAUGUCGGACCGACUGUCACUAUGGGCAUAUUGGUAGGAUAUGCCGCGGUUCUUACGGCACUUGCGGUUACGUUAGAUGCUUGGAAUAUCUCUAUUAAGCUAUGA